AGCUCCUCGCGUGAAAGACCGAUACCUUCUCCCUCUUAUUACGUUAUUACGCGACUGCAGGCAACACCUUGCUUUCAUCAAAUUGCUUAAUAUGGAAAUCGUUCAAGAAAGUUUCAUUCUAGCCGGAUCCAUUCGGGCAGACCGAGAUGAAGCCAAACGGCAUCAAGGAUCGCGCGAGCAUUGCCUUUAACUAUGCUGACGUUGAUGGAAGGGGAUUUUUGAGCAAACGAGAGUAUAAAAUAGCGAUGACUGUUGUCUUCGGAUGUCGCCCGAACAAAACGGAAGUGAAGCAGAUUUUUCAAUCUACCGAGAGAAUUCUGUACGGGGAAUUUGAAUCAUGGGUGUUCAAGAAGAGUAAAAAGGAUGAUUCAUACGUUAAUGCAGAAUUAUUAUUCGCUUUACUGGAUAAGGAUCAUAAAGGAUAUUUAAUAUUGGAUGAUUUCUAUACUGCAAGCAAGUCUGUCAACUUGAAAGUAUUACCGACAAUAUGGCAAACGAUGUUCAAAGAAUUAGAUUGUUACAGAAAAGGAUAUAUCGAUUUUUAUGAAUUUUUACGUAUAUUACCGACAACAUAAGAGGUAGUC